AUGGCCACCGAUGGCAUUUUAGCACUACUACUUAUAUUAAGUUGUUUCGUCGUAAAUGCCAGUGCUUUCACUGCGUCUAGAUGGAUGCAAGCUCACGCAACCUUCUAUGGAGGUAGCGAUGCUUCGGGAACAAUGGGGGGUGCUUGCGGAUAUGGUAACUUGUAUUCAACUGGUUAUGGGACUAGAACUGCAGCAUUGAGCACUGCAUUGUUCAAUGAUGGAGCAGCCUGUGGACAAUGUUACAAGAUUAUUUGCGAUUUUAAGACCAAUCCUCAGUGGUGCAAGAGAGGAAUGUCUGUGACUGUUACGGCCACCAACUUCUGCCCUCCAAACUACGCUCUCCCAAGCGACAAUGGAGGGUGGUGCAACCCACCCCGUCAGCAUUUCGACAUGGCUCAACCCGCUUGGGAAAAGAUCGGUGUAUACCGGGGGGGAAUCGUGCCCGUGCUCUAUCAAAGGGUUCCGUGCAAGAAGCAUGGUGGAGUUAGAUUCACAAUAAACGGUAGGGAUUACUUUGAGCUUGUGAUGAUUAGCAAUGUGGCAAAUGCUGGAUCAAUCCAAUCAGUGCAAAUCAAAGGGUCAAGAACUAAUUGGAUGGCAAUGUCUAGGAAUUGGGGUGCCAAUUGGCAAUCCAAUUCUUAUCUCAAUGGCCAAUCUUUGUCCUUCACAAUCACUACUACUGAUGGAAUAACCAAAACUUUCCUAAAUGUUUUCAGAGGCAGCGGCGUGCUUACUAUUUUAACUGAAGCAGCCCGCCGAAUGUCUUGCAUUAUACGAUACAGAUACGGAGUUCUUGUUCAUGGUUGA